AUGGUACCUGCAACAAUCGAAUCAAAUGCACGAGCCUCGCGCCGCUAUGAACCUUAUAUUGCAUCAAUUGAAACAGAGCUUGGUCGGUUGCGACAUCGUGAGCCUCGUCUCCGGCAACGCAAAGUCCAACUCCAUCGUCUACACCAAUGUCAUAUUUGUGGUCAUCGUGAGCCUCGAGAAUCCCCUUCACGUCUCUGUUUACAGGGAACAUGCCUAUUCGGCCACAAUCGCGCGUUUCUCCCCAACGGCGAGUGGGUCGCCUCCGCCGUCGCCUCCGGUACCAUCAGGAUUUGGGGCACGCGAAACGACUUCGUUUUGAAGGAGUUCAGAGUCCUCUCCAGGCGCAUCGACCACCUUCAGUUGUCCCCCGAUAGCCUCCGAAUCGUUGCCUGCGGCGAAGGAAAAUGA